ACAGGUUUAAAGUCUGUAACCGCAUAGAAAAGACAAACAUUUGUCCCCGACGGAACACUGAGGAACAGGAACAGAGCACAAAACAGCACAUCACUAUGCAGAGCCCGGGAUCUUGGGGUCGCACUCUCUCUGAGGAACAAUUUGCAUGCUCCAUCUGCUUGGAGGUGUUCGUGGAGCCCGUCUCCACUCCAUGCGGCCACAGCUUCUGCAAGGCGUGCCUGCAGGGCUACUGGAACCACAGCAAGAAGGUGGUUUGUCCCAUGUGCAAGAAGACCUUCUCCAAGAAGCCGGAGCUGUGCGUGAACCGUGUGCUAGCUGAGAUAGCAGAGCAGUUCCAGGGCUUGUCCAUGGGCCCAGGUGCAGGGGUCACCGAUGGUGGCACCGCAGGAACCCCAGGGGCCUCUCCAGGGACCCCGCAAAGAGACGAGGGUGGGGGUGACUUUGCCAAACCUGGAGACAUCCCCUGUGAUGCCUGCAUCGGAAGGAAAAUAAAGGCUCUCAAGUCCUGCCUGAGCUGCCCCGGCUCCUUCUGCGAGGCCCACCUCCGGCACCAUAGGAAAGUGAAGACCAUGGCUAAGCAUAAGCUGGUGGACCCUGUCCACCACUUGGAGGAGAAACUGUGCAGGAAGCAUGAGCGUCUCCUAGAGGCAUACUGCUGCAACGACCACAUGUGUGUGUGCAGAGAGUGUGCGGAUGCGGGGCACAAAACACAUGAUAUCAUCUCAGCCGAUAGGGAAUACAAGAAGAGGAUGAGUCAACUGGGGAAGAGGAGAUCAGAACUGAAACACCUGAUCAAGGAGAGAGCCAAGAAACUAGAAGAGAUCAAACAGUCCAUCAAAGUCAUCAAAACGAACAGUCAGCGGGAAAUCGAGGAAAGCUGGAUGGUGUAUGCAGAGCUGCAGAGGAUGCUGGAGCAGAGUCAGGCUCAGCUGGUGGAGCAGAUCACCUCCCGGCAGAAGCACGCCGAGCAGCAGACCAGAGAGCUGGCUAGCCGUCUGGAGCAUGAGCUCAACCUGCUCAGGAACCGGAGCAGCGACCUGGAUGCCCUUGCACACACACAAGACAAAGUGCUCUUCCUACAGCACCUCACCACUGUCCCUCCUCUUCCUGAGCCUACUGACUGGUCAGGUGUGUCAGUAAACACAGAUCUGUACCUGGGUACAAUCAGGAAGUCCGUCAACACACUAGUUGAGAAGUUCCAAGAAGAGGUGAAACGCCUGUAUGGGAAAGAGCUAAGAAAGAUGCAGAACUAUGCAAGUGACGUGUUCAUGGAUUCGGCAACAGCACAGCGCAACCUGGUGGUCUCUGAGGACGGCCGGCAGGUGCAUUAUGAAGAGGGCCGCAAACCAUCGUCCCAGUCAGACAGCCCACGGCGCUUCAGCCCAGCGCUGUUCGUGCUCGGCCGCGAGGGCUUUUCCUCCGGCAGGCACUACUGGGAGGUGGAUGUGGGCCGGAAGACAGGUUGGACUGUCGGGGUGGCCCGGGUGUCUGCCCGUCGCAAAGGAGAAAUCCGGCUCUGCCCAGAAGGCGGCUACUGGUGCCUGUGGCUGAAGAACGGAGAGGUGAAUGCCCUGGCCUCCAGCAGGAUCCCCCUACAGCUGCCCACGGUGCCCCAAAAGCUGGGCAUAUACCUAGAUCACGAGGGUGGUCAGGUGUCCUUCUAUGACGUGAAGGCGCAGUCCCACCUCUACACAUUCAUGGAUAUGUUCAGUGAGAACGUGCACCCCAUCUUCAGCCCCUGUGCCAGUCAAGAAGGGAAGAAUGCAGGAGCACUGGCCAUCACAACAGUGAAACAUGGCUGAUGCUGUUGACCAACUUUAAGGACCUGCCUGUUUUUUUCACUUGGCUAAGGAAUACACUGCCAUUCAAAAGUUUGGGAUCACUACUAAUGUUAAUAUCUUCAUUUUAUGUACAUUCCUAACUAGAAAUAUUCUUAAUGUACAUUUAACAUGUUUUGCUCAAUUUUCUGAUAGUUUGAGUACAACAAGAAUACAUUAAAUAUUGGUAAUUAAUGGGUAAUUACCUAUUCACAAUAAUUUUACAGAUUAAUUACCUCAAUAUUUGAUUACUGCUUUUGAAGUAUGAAACAUCCUAGACAAUAUUUGUAUUUUAACUUCAUCUUUGUAGUUAUUUGCUAUUUUAUUCAUCAUUUUGGAAGCUCUUUUCAUUGGUCUGAGUUUCUUACCCAUCUCACUUUCUCUAUUAGAACCCAUGCAGUUGUAUAGGACUAGAAUCGUUUUGGAAAUGUAUCCAAAAUUCAAUCAAUCAUUAUAAAUUAUAAUGAAUACUAUAACACUCUGGUUUGUAUUAUUAAAAAUAUUGAUGGCACAUUUUUUAA